UCUCUCCUGUCAGCCCGGCCGCCCCUCUCGGCGCUCAACCGCCGCCGCGUGUUAUUUAUUGCCCCACUAGAGCCGAUCUAUUUUUUAUAUAUAUAUGUAAAAUAUAAACCUAGCAGAGAAGACUUAAUUUUAAAGGAAAGGUUCGUAUAAAUAUAUAUUACAGAGAGGAUUAUUUUUCCUAUUUUUUUUUUCUUUUUUUUACCUCAGAAAAUCAAACGGCCUCUGCUCUGGAGAAUUGGGGCUAAAUUAGACUCUUAAAGCAAAAUAAGGGACGUGGUUUUAGGGAGAUCGAGGAGGGUUUUUGCCCCAGAGCUGACAGGAGAAACACUCAGGAGCUGGCAUAUGAAUUUUGGCUUCAUAUCCGAGCCCCGCUCUCCUGGAGGCUUAACUUUGGUUUUUUCUGAUUUCCAGGCCUCUCCUCCCCCCUCAGCUGCUCUCUGUCCCGGGGCCUGGCGUGGCGGAGCAGCCGUCCCCCGGUCCCCUCUACUGCGCCCGCCCUCCGGUCACCGGCCUCCUGCCAGCCCCCCCUCUCCCAAGCUGUUUCUGCAGGCCCCUGCUUAGUGAGGCUUUUAAAUAAGAUUUUGAGUUUUCCCCCGUUUUAAAUAUUUACAAAAAGCUUGACUUAAAGAAACCCCAAGAAUAAAACCCUCUUAGUUCCCGGUGGGGGCGCGUGCUGGGUGGAAGAUGAACACGGCUGCCAGCAGUUACCCGAUGGCAUCGCUGUACGUGGGUGACCUGCACCCCGAUGUCACCGAGGCCAUGCUCUACGAGAAGUUCAGCCCCGCUGGGCCCGUUCUCUCGAUUCGGGUCUGCAGGGAUAUGAUCACCCGCCGGUCACUCGGGUAUGCCUAUGUCAACUUCCAGCAGCCAGCAGAUGCUGAGCGUGCUCUAGAUACCAUGAAUUUUGAUGUGAUCAAAGGAAAACCCAUUCGCAUCAUGUGGUCUCAGAGGGACCCCUCCUUGAGGAAGUCAGGGGUUGGGAAUGUCUUCAUUAAGAACCUGGACAAAUCCAUUGAUAACAAGGCACUUUAUGACACAUUCUCAGCGUUUGGGAAUAUUUUGUCCUGCAAGGUGGUGUGUGAUGAGAAUGGCUCUAAGGGCUACGCAUUUGUGCACUUUGAGACCCAGGAUGCUGCAGAUAGAGCCAUCGAGAAGAUGAACGGCAUGCUGCUAAACGACCGCAAAGUAUUUGUUGGGAGAUUCAAGUCUCGUAAAGAGCGGGAGGCUGAGUUGGGAGCCAAGGCGAAGGAAUUCACCAAUGUUUAUAUUAAAAACUUUGGGGAUGACAUGGAUGAUGAAAGACUAAAGGAGCUCUUCAGCAAAUAUGGUAAAACUCUGAGUGUUAAAGUGAUGACAGACCCCACUGGAAAAUCCAAAGGCUUUGGCUUUGUAAGCUUUGAAAAGCAUGAAGAUGCUAACAAGGCAGUAGAAGAAAUGAAUGGAAAGGAUAUCAAUGGGAAAAUGGUAUUUGUAGGCCGAGCACAGAAGAAGGUUGAGCGCCAGGCAGAGCUGAAACGGAAGUUUGAACAGCUAAAACAAGAGAGACUCAGCCGGUACCAGGGUGUUAACCUAUACAUUAAAAACCUAGAUGACACUAUAGAUGAUGAAAAACUGAGGAAGGAGUUCUCACCUUUUGGGUCAAUAACGAGUGCCAAGGUGAUGCUGGAAGAUGGACGGAGCAAAGGGUUUGGCUUUGUCUGCUUUUCCUCUCCAGAGGAAGCUACGAAAGCUGUGACAGAGAUGAAUGGGAGAAUAGUGGGCUCAAAGCCGUUGUAUGUUGCGCUUGCACAAAGGAAAGAAGAGCGAAAGGCCCAUCUAACUAAUCAGUACAUGCAGCGCAUUGCUGGGAUGAGAGCCUUGCCUGCCAACACAAUCAUUAAUCAGUUCCAGCCUGCUGCUGGGGGAUAUUUCAUGCCUGCUGUGCCCCAGGCUCAGAGCAGACCCACUUACUAUGCACCCAAUCAAAUGACGCAGAUGAGACCCAACCCACGCUGGCAGCAAGGGGGAAGACCUCAAGGCUUCCAGGGAAUGCCAAAUGCCAUGCGCCAGUCUGGACCACGGCCAGCACUGCGCCAUCUGGCCCCUGCCGGCAAUGCUCCGGCCUCUCGUGGCCUCCCUGCCGCUGCCCAGCGAGUUGGUGUUGGCACCGCAGCGCAGAACUUAGCUCCUCGUCCGCCUGUAGCUGCCCCUGCUCCCAGAGCGGUUCCUCCUUAUAAAUAUGCCUCGAGUGUCCGCAGCCCACACCCAGCUGUACAGCCUUUGCAGGCACCUCAGCCUGCCGUACAUGUGCAGGGACAGGAACCGCUAACGGCCUCCAUGCUGGCUGCUGCCCCUCCCCAGGAGCAGAAACAGAUGCUGGGAGAACGUUUGUUCCCUCUGAUUCAAGCUAUGCACCCCAGCCUUGCGGGGAAGAUCACAGGAAUGCUGCUAGAGAUUGACAACUCAGAGCUGCUGCACAUGCUUGAGUCUCCCGAGUCCCUCCGGUCAAAGGUGGAGGAGGCCGUUGCAGUGUUGCAGGCUCACCAAGCCAAGAAAGAAGCUGCCCAGAAGGUGGGCGUGGUUGCUGCUACCUCUUAAACCAGGAAGACUGGAUGCAAAGAAGCCAAAUAGCCCCUUCAUAGACAUCAGCUCAAGACGUUUGAAGAUUCUUCACUGUCCUGCAGAUCUCAGUGCCAUGCAUCAUAUCACAUAGUUAUAUUGCAUUUUGUAAAUUAAUCUUUAAGAUCUUAUUUAAAAAGCCAACUCUAAAGCUCUAGAUUUCCAAAACCAGAAUUGGGCUUGCAAGCUUUUCUUUCGUGGUCAGAACAGAGCUACCCUUUGUGUCUUCUAAGGAGGACAUUGAGGAUUUUAGGCUGAAAGUAUUUUGUGGUUUUGGUUUUAACUGAACAAUCCAGUUUGGAAAGUCUGGAAAGCAUUUAUCAAUAAAGGAAUA